AGCCUGAGUCGCCAUGGCACGACAGCCUGCCCGGACCCUGUGGUACGACAGGCCCAAGUAUGUGUUUAUGGAAUUUUGUGUUGAGGACAGCACCGAUGUCCAUGUGCUCAUUGAGGAUCACCGCAUUGUGUUCAGCUGCAAGAAUGCCGAUGGAGUGGAGUUGUACAAUGAGAUUGAGUUCUAUGCCAAAGUGAACUCCAAGGACUCUCAGGAUAAGCGCUCUUCCCGCUCCAUUACUUGCUUUGUGAGGAAAUGGAAGGAGAAGGUGGCCUGGCCCCGGCUAACCAAGGAGGAUAUCAAGGUGAGUGUGUGGGAAGUGGCUUGCUCUUUCUAUCCAUGUACUCAGGUACCCAAGUCAGAGCUGGGAUCAUCCUUGUCUUCUUUCCAGCCAACGUUCAAUAACUC